GCGGCGCCCCGGGUUGGGGGAGGCGGGCGGGCAGCUAGAGAUCACCUCAGCAAACCCCACCACAGCCGGACCGAAGGUGCGGCGGCGGAGGGGAGCCAGGGCGCCCCAGCAGGUUUGCAGUAAUUAUCUGCAGGAUUCGCCAUGACCCCAGCUCUGAGGGAGGCAGCAACAAAGGGUAUCUGCUUUUCAUCUUUACCAAGUACCAUGGAGUCGGACAAGAUGCUAUGCAUGGAAGGUCCAAGAACGGUAGAUGAAAAGCUAAAAGGAGACACUUUCUCUCAGAUGCUGGGAUUUCCAACUCCUGAACCUACUCUUAGCACUAAUUUUGUGAAUUUAAAACAUUUUGGCUCCUCUCAGUCUUCAAAACAUUACCAGACUGUUCUUUUAAUGAGUUCUAAUGCUACAUUAAAUAAAUACAGUGAGAAUUAUAAACAAAAGAAAUUAGGGGAACCCCACUGCAAUAAGCUGAAAAACAUACUGUGUAAUGGUAGCAACAUUCAGCUCAGUAAAAUCUGUCAUUCUCAUUCUGAAGAGUUCAUCAAAAAGGAACCUCUGUCAGAUACCAAAAGUCAGUGCAUGACAGAUGCACAAAUUAUUUUGGAUUCAAAUAUAACCAAAGACACUAAUGUAGAUAAAGGACAACUGAAAAACUGUAAGUGGUACCAAAAGAAUGCACUUUUGGAUAAAGAUAGUGACGCUGAGAUUAAAAAGGGUUUAUUGCACUGUGCUCAAAACAAAAUUGGGCCUGACCACUCAAACAUGCCUAUUAGUUCCUCAACUGCUGAAAAAGAGGAGGAAGUGAAUGCUCGUUUACUUCAUUGUGUAAGCAAACAGAAAAUUUUACUUAGCCAAGCUAGAAGAACUCAGAAACAUUUGCAGAUGCUCCUGGCAAAGCAUGUUGUUAAGCACUGUGGUCAGCAAAUGAAAUUUUCUAUGGAACAUCAACUCCCCAAAAUGAAGAUUUUUCAUGAACCUACCACAAUUUUGGAUGACAGUUUACCUAAAUGCACUGAAAUUAAACCAGACAUCAACUUAUUGACUGCAGAGAAUAAAUUGUGGAAUGAUACAAAAAAUGGCUUUGCACGGUGUACAGCUGCAGAAAUCCAAAGAUUUGCACUGUCUGCUACAGGGCUGUUGUCUCAUGUUGAAGAGGGUCUGGAUUCUGAUGCAACUGAUAGCAGCUCUGAUGACGAUUUGGAUGAAUAUACCAUUAGAAAAAAUGUGUCAGUUAACUGUAGUACUGAAUGGAAGUGGCUUGUAGACAGAGCAAGAGUUGGCAGCCGUUGGACGUGGCUUCAAGCCCAGAUUUCAGAGCUAGAAUACAAAAUCCAACAACUAACGGAUGUUCACAGGCAGAUUCGUGCCUCCAAGGGGAUAGUGAUCCUAGAAGAAUGUCGACUUCCAAAAGACAUUUUGAAAAAGCAAAUCCAAUUCGCAGACCAAGCUGUUUCAUUAAACACUACAGGGAAUCCCCAGAUUCCUCAGGAGAGUCAAGAUCCUUUACCAGAGCAAGAUUUUGAAAUGUCACCAAGUAGCCCAACACUACUUCUUCGCAAUAUAGAAAAACAGAGCGCACAGUUGACUGAGAUCAUCAGCAGUUUGAUUGCCCCUCUCAACUUGUCCCCAAUGUCAUCACCCCUCUCCUCUAAAUCCUGUAGCCGUAAAUGUCUGGCUAAUGGCAUUUCCAGGAGUGCUUCAGAGAAUUUAGAUGAGCUCUCUUCCUCCAGUAGCUGGUUACUUAACCAGAAGCACAGUAAGAAAAGGAGAAAAGACAGGACAAGAUUGAAAUCUCCAUCCUUGACUAUCAUGAGUACAGCAGCUCGAACAAGGCCACUUCAGAGUUUCCACAAACGAAAACUCUACAGAUUGAGCCCUACUUUUUAUUGGACUCCGCAGACUUUGCCUUCAAAAGAAACAAGGUUUUUAAAUACUACACAAAUGCCUUGCCUGCAAUCAUCUUCAAUUUGGAGCAGCUGUGAACACAAUUCAAAGUCUCAAAUAUUAACAGAACAUGUAUCAGAGUUAGAUUCUUCUUUCCAUUCCGUUCUAUCAUUGCCAUCAGAUGUGCCUCUUCAUUUUCACCUUGAAACAUUGUUAAAAAAGACUGAAAUAAAAGGAGAUCUUUCUGAAAAUAAAUUUGUAGGAGACUGUAUCAUAUCUCCAUCACCUGUACAUAAUACUUCUCUGAAUCAAUGGAGAAAUGGAUAUUCUCCUAUAUGCAAGCCUCAAAUGAGGUCAGAAUCUUCUGCACAGCUGUUACAGGGAAGAAAGAAAAGACACUUGAGUGAAACAGCAUUAGGAGAAAGAACUAGAUUUGAAGAAUUUGCUAUUCAACGCACAGAACCAGGAUCCCAGAGCAAUUUUACUGCAGUUACUAAUGUCAAUGUUAUAUCAAGAACCCAGAAUUCAUCAUCACAAAAUACUGCACGACGACGAUUGCGAAGUGAGAGCUCUUAUGAUAUAGAUAAUAUUGUGAUUCCCAUGUCAUUAGUGGCCCCAGCUAAAUUAGAGAAACUCCAAUAUAAGGAAAUAGUUACUCCAAGCUGGAGGAUGGUUGUUCUUCAGCCUCUGGAUGAAUAUAAUUUGGGUGAAGAAGAGAUAGAAGACCUCUCUGAUGCAGUCUUCUCCCUAAGACACAAAAAAUAUGAAGAGAAAGAGCAAGCCAGAUGGUCACUAUGGGAGCAAAGCAAGUGGCACAGAAGAAACAGCAGAGCUUACAGUAAAAAUGUUGAAGGACAGGACUUGCUUUUGAAAGAAUACCCUAACGACUUCACUGGUGGGCAGCACAGCGCUGCUGAGAGUCCCGCCGGGCCUCCAGAGAGCCAGGACCCCAGUGCACACGCCUCACCUUCAGUAAGUCAGAGUCAAGAGAUCAAGCCUUUGGGGUGGGAACGACGGGCUUUUCCGCUGAAAGAUGAAGACAUAGCAGCCUUAUUAUGCCAAGAUGAAAAAAAUGAUCAGAUUGAAAGCUCAAGUCCAGCUUUCCAUGGUGAAGUCUUCUGUACCAGUGCACCAGAGAAUGGCCACCAUCCACAAAGGCAGGCGGACGAAAUGGAGGAACACACACAAAACCCUUGGUCUAGGACUUACUCAACUCAUGUUAAGAAAAAUCAGUGACAGGGAACAGGUUAAGAAAACGAUAUAACUAACUGAAUGGGAAAACAGGAGAAAAAAUAAGCCCUGUUCCCCCACCCCCUGCACAGUCACAAUUCCAGAGUAACAGCAUGUAGUGCAGGUGCAUGUAUUAAUCUUUUGUGCUGUUUAUGAAACAGGCAAGUUACGUCUCAUUUUCCUUCCUGAACCACAGGAGUAACUAGCUUUUCACCUACAGACAAGUGCUAGUCAUUUGUGUUUGAUGCAGAUCACAAGCACCAGAAAAUUAACUGCUGCAAUUUGAUGUCAAAUCACAUUACUGGGUAAAUAAUAAUUUUUAAACAACUUAUACCCACACCCACAUAUACCUAUGCAUCAAAUGACAGCUCUUCUUUUUCUAUACACGUGGUUAUUCUUUAAAUUGCCUCAGAAAUAUAUUAAGAAUAUAAAACACGUGUAUAGAGUAUACAUGCAUACAUAAUACACACAUGUAAGUAGUUUUAAAAAACACUGCAAGUGACCACUCCACUUGAAAAUGCAC